UCUAUAUCGUUUAUAAAUAAUUUUAUGUUUCUUUUCUUCUCUAUUAGUGGAUGAAGAAUUGGUUUCAGCUGGACAGCAGUCGAUAUCUCAGAUGCUGGUUCUUCAAUGUCAACAUUUCUCGCAGUGACAGCCGUUUGCUCCUUCAACUCAAUGACAUGUCUGAGUGGCAGACUGGGCCAUACCGCUGUGUGAGCACUUCGAAUGACACCAACGAAGUAUCGGAAAACUUCACCGUCCCUGUAAUCUAUCUGCAGGACAUCUACUUCCAGAAGAUGCAUUCCUGGUACACCAGUAUGUCUGAAGUCUUGUAUGCAGAGGAAGGCUCUACGGUGGAGGUGAAGUGUACCGCGUCGUCCUCCCGCGAGCCCUACUAUGAGUGGAGCCAGCAGGAUAGUGACUGGAUUUUACCCUCCGAUACUCUCACCAUCAAAAAUGUUGAUGAAAGCUCUGAAGGAACAUAUGUGUGCCAGGCUCGUCAUCCAGAUUUGUACACUCUGGUCAAGACAAGGUCCUUUAAACUCCGUGUGACCCCCAAGGAUCCUGAUAUGUUCAGGAUUGUAGACUUCAAUACUGACCUGCAAGUGGGAGACAUCCUCCUGUACAUCGUUCUUCCCGUAGCAGUGCUUACCAUCCUGCUGAUCGCUUUCCUUGUCAUUAUCCUCCGUCACCGCAAGCGGCAGAUGAAGAAGCCACAGAUCAGCCUGAUCGAUGGAGAGAAGAGGACCCCCAUCUACAAGGGCAGCCUGCAGUCUGUGAGCAGCACCGCCUCGGACACCCAGCCACUGGUCAUGUGA